AUGCCAGCGAGUGACAUCUUCCUUCUUGCGUCUCACAUCGAUUAUUACUGUGUAGGAUCUAUAUUUCUAACUUGGACCGACUGCCAUUCCACUGGAACUUUCCACUUCUUCCCCUCUCCCUUUCCACUUCUUCCCCUCUCCCUUUCCACUUCUUCCCCUCUCCCUUUCCACUUCUUCCCCUCUCCCUUUCCACUUCUUCUUCCCUUCUUCCCUUUCCACUUCUUCCCUUCUUUCCCUUCUUCCCCUCCCUUUCCACUUCUUCCCCUCUCCUUCUUCCCUCUCUUUCCACUUCUUCCCCGUAUCCUUUCCACUUCUUCUUUCGACACGUCUCAUUAUCUGCCGAUUGCUGAGCCCAAUUUGCUGGAGCGCGGGACUGUUGGAGACGUUGUGGUGGGCUCGUCGGUGAUUUCGGCCCGAAAAUUGGCAGGCGACAAUCAUAUCAUUACUGAAUUUGUUGUCCGAAAUUGUUCAAAAUCGACCGCGCUUCAACUCGUCCGCGUCGCCGCUUUCCCGAACAUCUCCGUCUCUCGUAUCACAGUUUUCCUCCAGGAUUAUAGCCAUUUCUUAUGCCGAUGUCUUUCUUUAGCGCAAUCUCAUAAUCACUUCUCUAAUGCCGACUCGACAAACUGGCUUCUUAUUUCAUUUGUGUACCAUUCUCAUUUCAAGAAGGUUGAAAGCCUAUAA